AUGUCUGCCGACCCAUCUAUCAAUACCAGUACAGGCCAACAUGCCGUGGACCCGUACAAGACCCAGAGCUUUGAAGACCCGCCUCUACCCCAGAAGAUUGAGGAUCUGGUCGACUUCAUCUCAGAGGUCAAGUUCGGCAUGUUAACGACUAAGCAGUCAGAUGGUGAACUCUUGACAUCACGAUGCAUGGCUCUAGCCGCACAGGAAAAUGGCGGUAUCGACCUAAUCUUUCAUACAAACCUUUUUUCCGGCAAAACAAUGGACCUUACACUCCAUCCCAAGGAAACCAACAUGUCUUUCCUCGAUCCUGUGAACGGAGCCUGGGCCUCUAUCUCCGGUACAGCAACUAUUAUUGCCGACCCAGCCACAGUCCAGAAGUACUAUUCGCCAACAUUAAAGGCUUGGAUCGGGGAUAUGGGCGAUGGAGUUCAUGAUGGAGGUCCUACUGAUCCGCGAAUUGGCCUGAUCAAGCUUGAAGCGAAGCUCGCAACACACGUCGUGGCUAGGAAGGGAAUUAUCGGUAGAGCCGUUGAGACGGUUAAGGGAGCUGUGCAGGGGAAUGUACCUGCUGUUAAUUCUAUUCGAGAGCUCAGUACGGAGGAGUUGGCUGAGUGUAAGUUGAAAUUGAAUACCUUGGACUCACGUCAGAUUUGGGGGUUGGAGGACCAGUGCUGA